AUGAGCAUUGAUGAUCAUAUUUAUGCUAUUGCAUCUAUAUUCGAGACGAUAAGCUCACCAGUAGACAAACAACAUUGGUAUCUCUCACCAGAGUAUCAUGCAACAGAGUUCAUCUAUGCCAAUGUAUCCUACUUGAUGUUGAUCUAUUUUGCAUAUAUAUUGAUACUUAGAGGAAAGAGUACUAUACCUGUCAAGGGAGUACAGAAGCAUCAUAUUAUAUGCACAUUGGUCGGUAUCGUAUUGUUGAUCAAUGUUGCACUAAAUAUCUACUACAAACCAAACAAGAUGUUUGGUAACAGGAACUAUUAUUACAUGUUACAACCAUGUCAUGUGCUCAGCGUCAUCUAUGCCUACCUCCUGCUCACCAACGAUGCCAUGAAGAACACCAAGUUGUUCAAAGUCACCAUCCAUUAUGUCUUCUUUACAGUGUCUGCAUUGGCAUUCCCAGACUUGACAGACUUGGACCAGCCAUUUGAAUGCCACAACUUCUUCAUUCAACAUUAUGCAUUGUUGAUUGCACCAUUCUUGAUCCAGAUUUAUAAGACACCGGUGGAGUUUAGUGCAGGUUAUGCUCUGUUUUCAAGUGGAUUGAUCUUGAUGAUCCAUCACACUUUGUUCCAGGUGUGCGCCUUUAUCAGCGGUAUCAACCUCAACUAUAUGUUGUACCCACCACCCCUUGGCUUCGACCUGAACGACGCCGUCCAGUACUUGAGCAGUGGCUACCUGGCCGCCACACACUACCGUCUUAUCCUCGGACCAAUCUGCACGGCCGUCUCCUUCCCAAUGUCCUACCUGAUCAUCAAGGUUGGCAACCUCAUCUCCAGCGGUGUCUAUGGUUUCAAGCCAAAGCACUAUGAGAUGAAGUCUUCCAAAAAGGUCAACUAA